AGCUGGAUACUUAUUUACGAAGUAUUAAUUUUCUUAUAAGGCAAAAAGAACAAAACCUUUACUUGUGAGAAUUUACCACGCAAUUUAGGUUAUUAGUUAUUACCUACGUACCUACAUACAUACUUUGUUUAUAUAAAUAUAUAGAUGAUAUCCUUGUAGUGAAAGUGCAACUGAAAACUAAAAAACCAAAAGCCAAUCCUACCACACUAUAACAAAUGGCUGCACCUGUUUGUUGUCUCCCCAACGAUGAUCUUGCAUCAAGACUUGUUCAGAAGAUAGCUCAAACUGUACAAGAUAAAAUACCAGAACAAUUCUUGCACAAAGAUGGUUUUCCCGAAUCCAAAGAUGUCGCCGAGUUAUGGACUGAUUCUCUCCUCAUUGAUCUUUCUCUCCUCUCUUCAGGCGACCAAGAUGAAAUCGUCAAGUUCCGUUCAGCUCUCUCCACCUGGGGUUGUUUCUUGGUGAAAAAUCAUGGAAUAGAAGGCUCUUUUCUAGAAGAGGUGAUUGAAGUUUCAAGGAAAUUCUUUUCACUUCCCUUUGAGGAGAAGAUGAAAUACUACACAGAUGAUAUCUUCCAAGGGUAUGACACUGAUGCUGUUUGUCAAGGGUUGGAUCAACAAAAGAUGAAUUGGAAUGACAGGCUAUUUCUUACCAUGUACCCUAAGAAUAAAGGCAACCUCAAAGCGUGGCCUGAGAACCCCUCGAAUUUCAGAGAAAUUGUGGACGAAUAUUCCAAAGAAAUCAUAAAUUUGGCACAAGGUCUUUACAAAGCAGCGGCAAAGUCCCUGAACAUAAAAGAAGACAGCUUCUGUUUAGAGAAAGAAGGGGUAAUAUUGUCAAGAUUUACCCUUUACCCGAAAUGUCCACGUCCCAAAAAUGUACUUGGGUCCAAGCCACAUUUAGAUGGCUCAAUCUUCACCAUAGUUUUGGCUGACCGAGAAGGCCUCGAGGUUCAAAAAGAUGGUCAGUGGUUCAAGGUUCCGGUCAUUCCAGGUGCCCUAUUUGUCAAUUUUGGUGACUUUGGUGAGGUACUGACGAAUGGGAUAUACAAAAGUACAAUGCAUAGGGUGGUGACAAAUUUAACCAAGGAUAGGUUAUCAGUGACAGCAUUUUGUACUAUGGAUGCUACGGAAGAGCUCACACCCUUAACCGAAUUGGUCACACCAAAUCGGCCAUCUUUGUACAAGAAGUUCAAAGUUUGCGAGUAUAAGGAGGGAGUUUGUUGCAAGUGUGGGCCUGGCGAAAACGCCAUUGAUGCAAUCAAACUCGAGUUUCCAUUGCUUUAACUUAUUUCCUGAAUCUUAUAUUACUUAAGCUUAAAUGCCUGGUUUCGCUUCCAGCAAGUUUAUUUGAUCGGAAACUUUGUUGUAUAAAUAAUUAAGUUGCAUUGCUUUGCUUUGUAUUUUGUAAUAUAGAUAUAAAUCUAUAGUUUUAUACUACGCCUAAGUUUUAC